AAAACACUCCUGAGGCAAAAGUCAAGGAGCCCUUUCAUUGGCUGUUUGAUACUCCUGUCGCUCUGCCAGUCAGCUGCAUGAACACACACACAUUUUCUCUAAGCUUUUUCACUGCCAAGUCUGUCUUUACAUUAUCUUAGAUCUCCCCGAGUGGCGGCAGCAGCAGUAUAAGUAAAGCGGCCAGUGUUCAGAAGCCACAUCAUGACUGAGUGUGAGUUUUGGACAGGAGCUGUAGUCUCAGAAAGAGGAGAAACAGCCGCCCUGGAGUCUGAAUUAAACUCCUGUCUUGACUCGUGUUAAAGUUUAAUGUCCUUACAUGCGUUCACAAAUACCAGCCAGUCGCUGCUUCACACACAAACGCAUGAAAACUGGCACGCUCUCCCGGGCAGCUAACCGCAGUUGGUCUUGCCCAGGUGAUUUAAUCCGAGCUGACUUGCUGGUUAAAUAUUGACAAGAGCUGAUGUGGCCUUGCUGAGGAGAGACGAGAAUUCAGACGAGGCUUUUCGCUGCCAAGGCUGCCUGCUGCAUCAUCAUUCCAACUCACACACACACACAGACUGCCAAACACACACAUGCACACAGUGGCAGGCAGCAGCUGAGACUCAGCAAGGCAGUUAGGGCAGAAGAGGCGAACGAAGCGGAAGAAGAGGAAGGCGAGCAGAUGAGAAAAGCGGACGCAGGAUGAGCCAGUUCUUGGACCACGGCAUCGUGUCGGUCUGCGGGAGGAUCCGAAACGUUCCCCUGCUGGAGCUGCUGGCGGAAUACAUGGACGCCAACACAUGCAUUGACGAGCUUCUCAAGCAGCUUGACGAGGAACGCCGAAAUGUCCGAAGGGAAAAGCUGGCCGUGGCUCGCCUGCAGAGGGAAGUCGCACGGAGCAAGAGCGAAGGAACAAUGCGAGAAAAGCUGAUCCACGAGCUAGAGGAAGAGCGACGCCUGCGACUGGAGAGCGAGAAACGUCUCCGGGAAGUGACGGAGGAGUCAGAGCUGGGACAGGCGCAGAUGGUUUCACUGCAGCAGCAAUUCUCCAGGAUGGAAGAGACGGUGUGGUCGCUGCUGCAGAAUCAGGGCGUCGUGGAGCAGACUGCUGUGGACACGGUGGACAUCAUGAAGGCCUACAGGGAUAAACUCUCCGAGGAAGUGCGGAAACAGUACGAUGGCCCCGAAGAGAACGGCUCCCCGCCGUCUACUCAGACGGAGCCAGAACCGCCAAACACCGAUCCUGAUGCCAGCCAAGCAGAAGAGGACAAAGACAAAUCCAAACCCCUUCUGGAUCGCCUCAAGGCCCUGGAGGAGAAGAAUUCUGCCUUGGCCGUGGAGAACGAGAGCCAGAGGGAACAGUACGAACGCUGUCUGGAUGAGGUUGCCAAUCAAGUUGUGCAGGCGCUUCUCACCCAGAAGGAUCUGAGAGAGGAAUGUCUGAAGCUACGGACUCGAGUUUUUGACCUCGAGCAGCAGAACCGGGCGCUGGGCAUUCUGUUCCAGCAGCGGAUAAAGCCCGCCUCGGACCUGCUCCUCCAGAAGCUUCACUCUCGGAUCAUGGAUCUCUCUGCGGCAGAUUUGCUUUUGGAGCCAGAGAGAAGCAAGGCCUUCUUGCUUUCCAGGAAUACAGACUCUCCCUGCAGCGAUUUUCAGCUGAAUGGAAAGGCAGGUCUCCCUGUGGCCAAGUGCCUGAGCCAGCUGAGCCUGACAGUGCCAGCGCCUGUAUACCCACGCAGCAGCUGUAGCAGUAGUGAGUUGUCCCUGUCAAGUGCAUGCAGUGAAUUCUCCAGCGGCUCCUACACCUGGAAUGAUGGACGCUCCUGUGGGAAAAUGUCAUCUCUGACCUGGGAGAAGAGGCUGAGUUUGGGUUCGUCAGCUCCGAGUAAUAUCUGCGCCCCCCCGGAGGAGCAGCUGCCCACAAGGCGGAAGGAGAGCAACAUACUAGAAGGACUGAGAAAGCUCCAGAGGAGGAAACACAGGAGCUCCUCCGUUUCAUCCAAGGUCUCCAAGUCAGCCGACAAAGACUGCAUGAACUCAAACGAGGGCAUCUACUCCCUGGGUAUAAAGAGUGGUAGUAAAGGGGUGUCCAAGCCUACCCAUGUGGGUAGAACUUUAGCUGUUGGGGGCAAGAAGUUCUCUUAUGAUUCUGAUGAUGCAGAUGAUGAAUUGGCACAUUCCAGUCGAAGAGAUGACAUCCCCACCAAGGAGAGCUGGUUUUACUGUAAGAGGCUUUCCCGCAGCAUUUCAGACAGUUUGUGUAGCUGGGAGGGGAUACAGGACAGUGGAGGUGGAGGUCACGGUAGCUCAGGUCUAGUGGCUUCAAAACACUCUUCUGACUCAAAGGAGCGUCCUGAGAAACUCCUGAGUUUUAUUAACAGUUUUCUCCCUGAGGGAGGGCGGAAAUCAGCUUUUACGAAACCAGCCUUGCUGCACUUCAAUCCUUCUGACCCAGAUGGUCCAAAUACCCUCUCUGACGUGGAUGAUCCAGAGGAACUCAACUCUGAGUCUAGUGACAUCCGAAUGUCCUUAAGCCAGCCACCGAAGCAAGCCGAGAGGGACUCCGAGAGGGUGUCACGAGAUGCUGCCAAGCUGCUCGCACAACAGUGCUUGCGAAGAGAGCAGGGACGCACCCAGUCUGCAGAUGGGAGGCCCAGGCCUUUCAGCCUAAUCAAGGUGCCCAAAGGGGCAACGUCUACUCAGUCUGAGGAGAGCAUUUUGGCAAUAUUUGAUGCAGAAGGAGAGCCUAUUGAACUUUGUGCUCAGAAGCUCACAACAGGGGCUGGGCCUCGAAAUGACAUUCAAAGUAGCAAGGUAAUUGCCGAUUACACAGAACUACUGCCCCGUGAGAGGCCAACAAGGCAAAAAUCAGAAAAUGCAAGAAACUACACUGUUCUUGAAUCUCCAGAGAAGCCAUCUGAAUAUCAAAUUAGGUUGAGCAAAACAAGCAAUAGCAGGGAGGGCAGUGCAGAGAGGCUGUCAAUGCAGCUGACUCCACAAAGGAAACUAAUCAAACCACCAACCAGCCGAAUGAAUAACGGCCAUUCCAUCCCUCCCAUGAACAAUUCUGUUGCUCCGAAGUCCAGUGGUUCAAAGAUACCCGGUCGAAACAAACCUUUAGGAUCACCACUGAGAUUCUCUAAGGGCUCUUUCACUGAACCAAGUAACAGUGGAAACUCAGGACCCUCUAGUCAGGAGAAAUCCCCCUCCUCUCCUGCAGUUAAAAUGUCCCGGUUCAUCAAAACACCUGUAACCUGCUCACAGAGCCCAAAGGCAGUAAACGCCAAGCUCCCCAGCAGGGCCGAAUGGAGUAAGGACUCCUCCUCCAGUUCCCCACACAUCUCAAGGAGGCACCUGGAGUAUGCUGACAAUGGUGAACAGCCAACCAGAGACAAACACUGUGAAACCAGCAAAAAUAAACUCAGGUCCCCUUCUCCUCCCCCUCCCCCGGGCCGCACCACCUCCUUACUGAUCAGACCAAAUUACGAAGGGUCGCCUCAAGCACAUAAAACAUGGGUGGCUCAAACCUCCACACCAACCACUGUGAGGGGCCCUCCCCCAAGUUACCACACCUCACUUGUACCAAAUAUGCAAACUACGCUACCCAUCAAGGAUAAAGACUGUUUAGACUUGGAUGCAGGCUACGGGACUGCACUUGCACCUCAGAAACUGGUUGAGAAAACCAGUCGGCACCUUCAAAAGUCCGCCGCCAUGACUCAGACAACUACUAAAGGCACUAACAAGAGGAUGACCACGAAAGACUACCUCCCUUCUGCAAACUCAGGGUGUGCUCCAGAAACUGAAAAUGCACCUAAAAGCUCAAAGAAUGUCCCCCCUCCGUACAGUGCCCUCAGAGGGUCCUCUCUUCAAAACUCAUUUGCAAGUAAAAGAGGAUCAACCCAUGAUAAUGUCCAUCAGACAAUGCAGAAGACUUCUAUUAGUUUACCGAUAUCGCUUCAGGACACCCUUCAAGGUAAAACAGAACCCCCAAAUGGCAAAGCUGUUGUUAGCCCACCCAGCUCAGUCAUAAUUUCCCCAAACACAGCGGAAAAAGCCUCAAAGACUCGCAUCCCAAUGGGGUUUAAAGCAUUUUUAAAAUCUCCCCCUAGCCAUACAAAUAGUCCCUCUAUACCAGGCAAGCAAGAGAAAGAUCAUAUGAACUCAGUCUCCAAGGAGACUGAGACUUCAAAUGCUUCUACCCAGUGUGACAGCUUGCAGAAAGUGUACAGUAUUGAUUCACCACCCAAGAUGUCUGUUACAGAGGGGAAAGGUGACGUCCAGUGUAGGAUACUGGAAGACGAAGUGCAUGCUGCUGUGCUGCCAGAAGAGGAAGAGGUUUGCGAUAAAGGGAAAAGGAGCAGUCAGCUUUUCUCUAGAUCCAUAUCUGUUACUACCAAACCUCAUCUUAAACCAGCCUUGGGGAUGAAUGGGGCCAAAGCAAGGAGCCAGAGUUUUAGCACGAACUAUAUUGAGAAACCCAACAUCAAUGCUUUAGAUGGACCGGGAAAAAUCCGAACUCAGAUCAUUACCAACUCUGGUGAAAGGGGAAACUCUUUGUCAAGGCAGACUUCAUUGGAGGUACCAAGUGUUGGCUUAGCGGAGAGCCCUCUCCAUUCCCCCAGGACUAGGCUUAGCCACUAUGGAGGCAUGACAGGCUCAAAUAGCCACAACGUCCUCCCUGAGAGAACUUCUAAAUCAGGCUCCAAAGGUGACGGGUCACAGGGCACCGCAAAGGGGCAGGCAAUAACCUCACCUUCUCAAAAAGAGGCCCGUAGCUUACCCAUCAGUGAUAGGAUUGGCUUGAACAAUAUCCGUAAGAUGGCAAAAGUUGCCCCUCAUCCGCAGUUUCCUCCUCCCUCCACUUGUGUCUAUCACUCAGAAAAUCCAGUGCGAGAGACAGGAGGCUUAGAAACCACCACUAAGGAGCCAGAAUGUAGCAGGGAAGUAAAUACCCAGACAGACUCUCCGGAUAUGGAGGAGAAGAAAAUCAGCCCAACAGUCUGCACUAUCGAAGAGAAAGUCAUGAUGGGAAUCGAAGAGAAUUUGCAGAAAUGUCAAGAACAGGAGAAAGUAGCUGCCAGUGAGACCAAACAGAAAACGGGCCCCUCUCUGGCAAACUGGUUUGGCCUUCGUAAGAGCAAACUUCCAGCUCUGAGUGGUAAGAAAGCAGACCCUCCUAAGGGGAAAGAGGAGAAGAAAGAGUCAAAGAUUGGAUCAGUGCUUGGAGGCAAACAGAUGAAGUCUGACAAGAAGAAGGAUAAGAAGAAAAAUGAUAACCAGCAGAGGGAGAGUCAGGAGGUGCAGAAUCUGUCUGAGAUGAACACCAAGCUGAGCUCCAUCAUGGACCACUGCAACAAUCAGAUGGGUCAGAUCGCCAGUCAGAUCCAGUGUACGACUGCCUUUAUCGGCAAAGACCAGUUUAUGAAAGAGAUUCUUGGCAGGACUGCUGUGAAGGGCAACUGUGUGGCUGCCUCUCCGCCUGGGAUCUCCACACCCAACAUGCACAGCGAAAUGAAGGGAGAUAUGGAGAUCUGUCCAGAUACUGCUACCCUUCUAAUGACUCAGAAGAUCAACCUGAAGGCUGAAAAUGAAGACGGACGCAUCCCAGACACAGCUUGCCAAGACCACAUGAUGGGCUCCGGCUGUCAGAUGAGAACGCUGGACAGCGGGAUCGGCACCUUCCCUCUCCCCGAUUCCGUCACCCGGGCCAGCGGUCGCCACAUCCCCAAAUCUGAGUCCAGCCCAGAUGGGUUGACCGCCGGCUCCUCUGGUCUCGAUCGGGAGCCUCCCUCUUCUCACGCAGACCCCUCACAACCUGAUGUGAAAGUGCCUUCCCUCCCAAAAACCCGCCCACAUGCCCCUACCAGCAUGGUUCACUCCCUGUCCAACCCCAGUGUGACCUGCAGCGACAACGCACAAGACAGCCAGAGCCGCCUGCCCACAUUAGCAGCUUCAGAUGCAAUCAAGACAAAGAGGUUGAGUCUCUGCUCUCCACACAGCAACACCUCCACAGAGGACAAAGAGAUGGACACAGAAAGGACGAUGAAAGCCCAGGAUCCUGAUAUGCCCAGUGAAAGGGCCCUGCAAGUGUGCAUGUACUCGGGGAGCAGCAGCGACACCGAGACUGAACCUGAAAGAACCGGAAACUCACCACAAAGGACCCUGAUCAACAGAUCUAAGAAACGUGACUCAGUGGAGCAGAAUGAGGAGACCCUGAAGAGAAGCAGUGUGGAGAAAUCCCUGUCGAUCAUGGACUACUACCAACACGAGGUGUAUUCUCAUCUGGAGAAGGACAGCAGGCGGAUCUCCCAGUACAACCUGUUAGACAAGGAGUCAUCCCUGGAUGGCAAAGCAGGAGACAGACUUAGUAAGGAGAUUUCCAUGGAGAAGGCGCUCGUCAGUGCCCAGUCGAGCUCUCUCGACUUCUCGUUGGAGUCCCUGAACAAGCUGAAUCACAGCAGCUCCAGCAGCCUGUACCCGGACACGACCUUAGGCAGCCGCAGAGGCGACUGCCACGCCGAUGCGGGCAAGAGCGAGGAGGACUGCUGCAAGGUGGACGAGCCCUCCUCCUCCAGCUUCUCAAGCAAGCCGGGGGCCGAUCCCGUGGGCUCCCUCAGCGACUCGCUGUACGACAGCUUCUCCUCCUGCACCAGUCAGGGCUCCAACGAAGUGUAGGGCGACGAGUAAGAAGGCGGGGCUGUAGCGCGAGAGGCCAGUCUCGACUCUGGUUUUCAGACCAUUACUCUGACAUGUUGGACAUGUCAAGUUCUUGGUCACUUUGUCUUUGCAAAUUCUCUUCUUCUGAGUAGCUUUUCAGGAUGAUUGUCAUCUCUGUGGAAGCAUUACUGUAUGCAUUUGCAAGUAAAACAUACUUCUAUUGGACUUGGUUUGGUCUCAUCCCUCUUUGGAUCUGGACUGCAGCCCUGCCACAACAUGCAGAGCCCUGUACGCUCUACAUACAACACGUAGCACUUAGUGGAGCUGGAGACACGAGGAGGAAACCUCAACCCAAACACCAAACCAGGACUUUUAAUAGUUUGCCUCUGGGUGUGGUGGACUAGACAGCAAUACAAAAUGUUGUCUCUUUGAAAUUAUUUCUCUCCAUGCUGGGGAACUUCUUAUCUUUGCACUGUGACAAAAACUGUACAAAGUUUGAGUGUAAAGUGAACGAUUAUUCAAGCAGCGAUGAGCAGCGUGUCUUCUUGGGGCAUCGCUGGUGGGCAACAUAGGCAAACAGUUGCAACAACAUUGUUGCUUUGAUUGCAUCCCUGAUUGCUAGUAAAGUAGAUUUAAACCUAAGGUGUCAUUUUAUGUUUUGCUGCUAAGUACGUUGCCUGAAUAUUGCCCGUGUUGAAUCACAACCCUUAAUAAUACACCUGGUUCAUCAUAGUCUACUUCUCUUUUGAAGCAAUACUCAUUUCUGUUCAUUUUAAAUCAUUUUAAACCUGUUGCCAAUCUUCUCUUUGUGUGUUAUUUUAAGCAGCUAUGCAGCUGCAAACAACAUGGAACAUUUUCAAAUGACUUGAGAAUGAUCACUAUUCAGCUAAUAACACUGAUUUCUUAGCAGCAGGUUAUCUGAUGUCAAGUGAAGCAAAACCUACUAUGCUUCCAUGUCGUAAUAAGAUGAUUUUUCACUGUCUGACUGGUACACAGGUCCAGCAAACAACCAACUUCUUGGCUUGAAAGCACCCAGUGUCAUUGUUGGUAGCUCAGGGAACAUACUGGACUAAUGUAGAUUGUAAGAAUUAAACUGCAAGUAUCAGGAAAAUGUUGACAAACACAAAUUACACUCAGUAAUCAUCUGCUUUUUUUAAGUUUCUCAUGCAAAACUCAGAAUCGAAGCAGUCUCCUGUAGCGUAGCAUACCCGAACUCUCCAGACCUCACUUUUCCUUUCAUAGUUGUAUAUUAUGUUGUAUAUAAAAAAUAAGUUAAUAUCAGAAUGGGCAUUGCUGAUUGAUAUAUGCAAAUGAGGAGAAAACAACAACAAAAUGUAAAUUGUUUGCCGAUCAUUCAACCAAGGUUUUAAGUGUUUGAAACAUGGCAUCUAUCCUUCUCUUAUGGAAUUCUUUAGGGGUUCUUGUUUAAAGCAAAAUCUUUAUUUUGAUCAUAAGAGCUAUUACUAAAAUAUUUUAUCACUUUAUUUUAAAGACAUAUUUGAACUUUUAGGUGAAGUUAUGCCAAAUUUCUAUCUGGAAUUUGACCAGCUGGUGCUAAUCAACAGAGCCAACUGUGUGUUUCAAUUUUUCUAUGAAACUGUUAAUAUUGUAUGAAGAGAGUCUGAAGAGGACUUGUGUAUUUUUCUAGAUGUCCAGUAUUUAUACCCACAUUUUGUACUGUCAGACUGUAGUGUGAUUGUCAUGCUUCACCUCUCUCCUUAAAUGUUCCUGGUUCCUUUGUAAAGAGAAAUGGUUACCAGCAGUGUUACUUUGGUAAUUAUUAUUAAUGUUGUUAUUAUUAUUAUUAUUACUGUGUGUAAUUUUGUCUGUUACACCAGACUUUAAUGCUAUAUUUUAUGUAACUAUUUCCUAAAUAAAUAUGAGAAAUUUCCUAUU